UCGGGACCGGCAGCACCACGCCAUGGCCCUGUCGCGCAAGGACGUGGAAGAGCUCAAGCCGUGGAUCGACAGGACGGUCGAGAAGUUCCUGGGGUUCAACGAACCGACCCUGGUGACGGCCGCCGUCAGCUGCCUCUCCAAUGGCUAUGACAAGAGGAAGACCACAGGUGGGAUGAAUGCCGCCGAUCGCGAGUUGACACGAAUACGAACUCGUGGGGGGAUGGAUUUGGAGGGGGCACUGGGAUUCGCAGACAUGGAUGUACGAAUGGAUAGGGACAGAAUUGCGGUAACUAAGAGGAGAUUGGAAGUUUACUAGAAAAGAGCUAGGGAGGGGUGAAAAUGCAGAUAAAAUAAGCAAUGGGAACACUUUAGAGGGGAGGGAUCUCUUCUGUAAAAACAAAAUUUAUACAAAUUUAAAAAAAGAAGGGAUAACGAAAUGUUAGGCUAGGUGGCGCAAGCUGCUGCCCAUUGCAAAGGGGUGUAGCCAUUACUAUCCAUCCUUCGUGGAAGCUCGACGUUUCCUCAGUCGCGGGACGCAUUUCACCCCCGAUGCGCUGCCUGCUUGUGUGGAAAUGUUUGUCAUCUUAGAUAGUCUGGGUUGGACGUCACCUUCGACGCUCGCUGUGAGCUCCGCUCUGAAUGAGGGCUGUCGAACGAAAUACUGAGUUCCUAGUUUGCAAAUCAGCUUUUACUACAUCCAGAAAAAAGAAAAAGAAAAACAAACACCAUUGAAGGUAUGGCACUGCUGGUGCUCACUGGGCUAUCUACACAAGAUGAGACCACGAGUUGCGUGGCCUUCAUAGUGCUGCACCACCUGGAGACUGGUGAAACGAGUGGCGAGGGUGUGUGCUUCCUUCGACGUGCACACCCUCGCAGCCUCGCUUCCCACUGCGCAGUUUCAAAGGCCUCCAGGUAGCGCAGCCUUUUAUUGAAGGUCACGCGUUCUGGCAUUAGCAUUUCAUUCCGUACCAAUGGUACCUAAAUGAUGCACAUCACCGUGUUUUGAUGUCCACACAGUUGCGUUUGACUAUAACCGACUGAGACAAGACCAGUUUCUCAGUCUUUUGUGAGAUGUCAGUGGAUGUCACUGGCAAAACUGUGAAUUUACAAAAAGCAUAAAGCACUAAGUCAUCCUUCUCAAUAUGUUGAGUCAUCAUCUUAAUUCGUUUAGUCAUCCACUGAGUGGUCACGUAAAUGUUUUGGUACCUUUCGUGUCACCGACAUGUUUUUGCUCAAGGACUUUGUAGGUCGACUGAACCAUGAGACAUAUGAGGCUUUCGCCUAUAAUAAUUUCGAGGGAUGACUCGGAGCAGACUUUACAACUGCUGUCAUCCGUCGGUGACAAGAACCUAUCUGAAAAUUUUAGUUUAUCAUGACCAGUCUUCUCCCCCUGCCUGUAAUGUAUGUGCCGCCAUUUUUACUUUGCUGGGCCAGAAGAGCUAAACAUAAAAUAUUUUAAAAUUGGCGAAAUGCGGGGGGCGAUUGAGACGGCAUCCUCUGGUGUCAAGAUCUCCAAUCAGGAACGCGCGAUGAGUCUAGCUUGUCGGCUGAGCACUGGGAGAAUCUUUUUGGUGUGCGUCGAGAUGAGCUUGUCAUUGGCGAUAUUGGCACAAACUGCUACGAUGAGCAGGAGUUGCCCGAAGUAGCCAAAGGGUUAGUGAGGUGAUCCGAAUAGUCCUGGGUGGUCUGCAUGCUACGAGCACCUGGCCUGGGUGUAUCACGAGCUGUUGAGUUCUAGCGACACGUUGUGAAGGUCUAUUGGACACGGCAGCUUUGCCGCGGCAACGUUUCCACUGUGGCUAAAGAGAGUAGCCUCCUAGAACACCAGGUGGAUUACUUUGUCGUUAGUGACCCGGCCGUCGAGGCUCAACGAGAGUAUGCUAGUUCAGUCGUGACGCCAGUCUCAGCGAUGCCGACGUGGGCUAAGUGGCGCUGCAUGGAGGAAUGACAUUUGGGGGCAGUGACGUGGGCCUUGUCUUCUAGGUAGAGAAGCGCAGGAAGGUGCAGAGGUGGCGCAAGGGGGCACAAACAAACUUAGCGCGCAAUUCCUGCCUUGACGGCGCAAACAUCGUCGCGCGCCUCUGAAGGGAAGCCUUGCCAAAGAUGUCGCUCCGACGGGAGUGGAACACACAUGGUAAAAACUGCGCCGACUACACUCUGAGCACCGUAGCAUCACCGAACAUUUUCCUAAAGUUCACGAAAUGGCGCGCGGGAUAUAAAGAAAAGAAAUUGACUUGAUAAGCUACGAAAUCGGAACUCGCUUAUCGGAUAAGCGAAGCCCAACAACAACGACCCCCGCCUAAAAAACACUCGGCUCGUCCGGCGUACUCCUUUCAGUUAUCCCAUUGUUUUUAUGGCCUGUUUCGUUAAAGGGCAACUCUACUUCAUUUUUACAAUUUCUGGGUUAUGAUCUGUUUAGUCCAAGUCGGCGACCCUGAAUCACGAGAUAUAAUUUGUUUUUCGGUAGUGUGUAUCGUUUUGUAGAUAUCACGAAUCUAAGUAUCGUUCCGGUGGCACAGCAAAACCAAAACUACCGGCUGAAGCAGCUUGGCAGCACUGAUAUUAGUGGCGCGUCGUCGGCAUGACCUAGUUCUCGUCCUGCGCUUCUGAGCCGACGCACUGACAAUGUCGGCUCAGUCCCACGUGUAGUUUCAAAAGAGAAGGUAAGUGGCACGUUUUCUUUUUUUACCGCUUCACAUUGUUAAUAUGCACCAAAUGUAGCACGUUUUAGUGUGUACUUAUAAAUUUGCCGGCUGAAAAGCGAAUCCGACUGCCAUAAAUAUGUCGGGGUCAGUGCCGGCGCAGCGUGACUUAUUUGUUUCUUGCUCGCGAACCGAGAGAAAAAGAGAUAAUGGGAGAUAGAUGGACAGAUGUAUCCACAAGCGGUCUAAGUUGUUAAAGCUAAGGUACCUUUAUUUGCACGCUAGUUAGAUCAUCUGCGACCUGCUGCGUCCGGCCGAUCAUGCUGGAGCAGCCGGCAGACGGUACGCGAACAGCAACGGCACCGCAUCAUUCUUUUAAAGACGCAUGUUUUGUGGAGAAACCCCUAACGGUCAACAGCUGCAGAUCCCGUGUGUAGGUAUCUGACGUAAAGUGCUGGGAGCAGAACUUCGCGUUGGAGCUCGGAGUCGACGGUCUUCCGAAGUCUAUCUGGCGAACGGCACCGACCCACACCUUAUGCCUCUUCCGGUCUCUUGGGAACUGGUGGAACCGCAGCUCCGGGUUGUGCACCGGUUUGUUGGUGCAACCCACAGCACUUCAAGUCGUGCUCGACAUUGCCCAACGCGAGUCCGGCAAGUCUCUCCGGCUCCAUGACACGCGCGUGAGCGAGCAGCACCGCUUCGCUCUCUUCCGCGCUCGCGGAAGCAAUGCUGGAGUUAAAUGAACUGCCUGGACGCUAAUAAAAAUAGGAGAACACAGGAUAACGUGGUAAGCACCUCUUGCCGUCAGCAGAAUCGCAGAACGCCACGGGAAACAAAGCGUUCGCGGCGUCCGUACGAGAGCGUAGGACUAGACCUACGUCAUUGCCCAGUGUUGCUUCACUAGCUCACCCAGUGCCAGCGUUGCUCACCCGCUUUCGGGCCGCUAAUUGAGCUGGGAGAGCAUUUUUAAUAUUGGUUUUAACCGGUAAUGCGGCGUUGGUUUCACGUGAUAUUUUGGGUAUGACCGUAUUUUGACCCCCUAAAGCGAUAUCAGUCAUUUCGAUGGGGUCGACUUUUUGAGUGUAGUUGCCCUUUAAUGUUAGCCACGAACCAUCUCGACCACAUCAGCGCUUUAACUCUUCCUUAAAGGUGUGACGAGGUUCGGUGGUCUCAUCUCCGAGCCUUAAUGGUGUCUCUUUCCUUGCUGCCUUCAAAAGGCGGUACGGCGUAGCCUUCAAAAUAAUUUGCGAGGUUUUUUUAUCGCAAAAGUGAAGUAUCCGUCGCCGCACACUCAUGCCCGAACGGUUAGUGCUCGAUUUGGGCGGAGACCGAGCGUUAAGGGAUACAUGCUUUAUUUUUUGCGGUGAAAAGAAACGCCGUAAAUGUUUUCGGAGACAGCUGGCUACAGCAGCUUGGCUGACCGUAGGCUGGCCCUUUCCAGACAAGUUGUCCUCCCUUCUGGACGAUGCGAAGGCGGCCAAGCUGUCGGAGCAGCUCUUCGAGACCAUAGAGGACCUCAAGGUGAAGCAGAAGAUGAAAAAGAAAAAGGAGGACGACUCGGCGGACCAGCGGAAGACCCGGUUCUCGGAGGGCGUAGCCCUGUCUCAGCCGGGCCAGCCCAGUCCCGGACAGCUGACAGCCAUCCAGAUCAAGGAGAUGAUGGCCAACGCCCAGCGGAUGAUCGAGGAGCGCAAGCGGGCUCUCGGGCCCGUGGCCGUGGCACCCGCCCCACCCGUCCUGGGCGGCGCCGUCCCCCUCCUCAGGCCGGGGCUGGGCGCGGCCCCCGUGGCGCCCCUGAGCGUGGGCGAAAGCCGCAACCGGAUCGCCGAGCUGACGGCCCAGAUCCAAGCCAAGCUGGGCGGUCGACCGGGCUUCGUGGGAGCGCUGCCGUCGGCUGGCGGUGCACCCUCCCCCGCCAUGCCCACACCGCUGAUCCUGAAUGCCGAGGGCCGCACGGUGGACCUGUCGGGCAAGGAGGUGCAGCUGGCGCACCACACGCCCACCCUCAAGGCCAACAUCCGAGCCCAGAAGCGGGAGCAGUUCAAGAUCCACCAGGAGAAGGUGGUCGAGGACGUCACCGAGCAGAAGUUCUACGACCACAGGGUCAGUGCCAAGUCGGCUCAGAGGAGCAAGAAGCUGUUCAAGUUCCACGAGAAGGGGAAGUAUGAGCAGCUGGCGCAGCGUCUGCGAACCAAGGCCAAGCUGGAGAAGCUGCAGCAGGAGAUUGCCCAGGCUGCCAAGAAGACGGGCAUUUCCUCGGCCACAAAGAUCGCCCUCAUGGUGCCCAAGAAGGAGAUCAAAGAGGGAGAGAUCCCCGACGUAGAAUGGUGGGACACAUUCAUCAUCAAGGGGGAGAGCUACGACAGCGUCAUCGACAGCGUCGUGAACAGCAACGUCAAGUUCGAGGACCUGUUGGAGGGCGUCACCAACCUCGUGGAGCACCCGAUCCAGAUGAAGGCUCCGACGGCCACGGUGAAGCCCGUGCUGCUUCCUGUGUACUUGACCAAGAAGGAGCGCAAGAAGCUGCGGCGCCAGAACCGCAGGGAAGCCUGGAAGGAGAAGCAGGAGAAGAUACGCCUGGGGCUGGAGCCCCCACCGGAGCCCAAGGUGCGCAUGUCCAACCUGAUGCGUGUUCUGGGCACCCAGCAAGUGCAGGACCCGACCAAGAUUGAGGCCCACGUCAGGGAGCAGAUGGCCAAGAGACAGAAGGCCCACGAGGAGGCCAACGCAUCCCGCAAGCUGACGACCGAGCAGCGGCGGGAGAAGAAGGUCAAGAAGCUCAAGGAGGACACCAGCCGAGGGGUGCACGUCUCCGUCUACAGGCUGCUGAGCCUGACGAACCCGGCCAAGAAGUUCAAGGUGGAGAUGAACGCCAAGCAGCUGUUCCUGACCGGCUGCGUGGUGCUCUACCGCAACGUGAACCUGGUGGUGGUGGAGGGGGGGCCCCGGCAGCAGAAGAAGUAUCGCCGCCUCAUGAUGGGGCGCAUCAAGUGGGCCGAGGACCAGGCCUCCGCCGACGGCUCGGAAAAUGGACAGAAAGUGGAGAACCGCUGCAUUCUGGUUUGGGAGGGCACGGUGAAGUCCCGCAGCUUCGGGGAGAUGAAGUUCAAGGUGUGCCCGACGGAGUGCUUUGCACGCGAACACUUCAAGAAGCACGGCGUGGAGCACUACUGGGACCUGGCCUACAGCAACACCAUCCUCGAACUGGCUGAUGAGACCGCCUGAGGCUUCUCCCGCCGCCGCGUGCUCUUUCCUUUUCCCAGGCUGCACACCCAGGGCGGCCAUCUUAAACAUGCCGGUUUUCGUUUUCAUUACCCGUCGCUCUGCCAGUGGUACGACGGAGUUUGUGGGCGUGUCGGAACAGGUUCUUGCGGUCCUCGAUGAGUUAUCGAACGAGGUGCGAAGAGAUUGGAAAAUUGCGACUACCUCAAAGUGCAACUACCAAAUUUCUGUCAAUCGUACUCGACGUGACGUCACGUUGCUGUAUGGAGCCAUUUCCUUUCAUUUGUAUUUUUUUAGACACGUUUGAAAACCUUUCGUACCAUUUUGUUUCACACACUCGACAUCGAAAGGUUAAGGAGCAGCUCAUGCCAGCUUUUCGAGUGUCGCUUUUUUUUUUGUGCGUGUGAUAAUUUGGUAGUAGCCAACCUGCCAGCUGGUUGGUCUUUUGGAUUUGUUUUCGCUUAAUUACCUCUCAAUAACUACGAAGCUUCUUUAAUUGUUCCCACAUAAUCGGUUAAAACACGUGAGCAAAGGGUAAUUUUGACAUCUUUUCGUACGCAUCUAGGAUAUAAAGACUGCGCAUAUUGACCAUGGCCGCCAAGGGACUGCUGGUCCAGCCCGAUGUACCCACUCUGUAAAUACACGUAACCUUUAUUCGACGACUCGUCGCCGUCUUCUAAGACAGUGGAAUUGCGCAAUGUCUGCUUCAUUUUGCGUCACUUUUUUUUUAACAGUCUGUUCCAGAGAAUAAGUUGAGCCCUUUCCACAAACAUGCUUCUUUCGAUGCAUUGA